AUGUCUACUUUGCCAGCCAAGGUGUAUCAGUUUGAGGAUAUUAAGAAGCUUAUUACGAAGCCGGAUCCAUCGAAGGUUUUAGUUGAUGUAAGAGAACCCAAUGAGGUAGCAGAGUUUGCUUUGCCUCAUACCAUUAAUUUGCCAUUGAAGACAGCUCCUGGUGCAUUGAGCUUAGAUAAGGAAGAGUUUGAAAAUGUUUUCCACAUCCCUAAGCCAUCAAAGGAUAAAGAGCUCAUUUUCUUCUGUGCUGCCGGGAUCAGGGCACAGGCGGCCGAAGAGCUAGCUAGAUCUUAUGGUUACGAGAAGACCGGUGUGUGGCCCGGUUCUAUUAACGAAUGGUUGCAAAAGUCACCAGUAUCAAAGAAAGAAUAG